AUGGAGCCAUCUUCGAGCGCGCUCAAAUCCGAAUCCUCGAACAAUUACGAAGAGCUAAAAGUCCCACCCAACGGUUACCCUUACCACGCCUUCGAGGCGAACGGCAUCGAACCAUGCUCCGUUUUCCAGGGUGGGUACAGUCUACCUGUCCACAUGUUGACCUGCGGUCACAUUGUCGCCGUCGACAGUCUGGGCGGAGCUGUCGACAACCGCUGUGGCCUCAAUUGUCUGCACGUUGCUAGCUGGGUCAAGCACCAAACCAUGAACGCACCAUUGGAACACAUCGACCUUCGGACUGGUACAUCGCUCGGACAAGCCCUGACCAGCACCGCGGCUCUCCGAAUCACCAAGGAUCCCAUUUUGCCCGCAAUUGAUCAACAUCAGUCUCACGACAACAUCUUCUGCGAGAUCUGCCAUGGAAUCCCCGCUAGUAGCUAUUUCGUCAUUCCCCGGGAGGUCAAACGUGCACUCGCCUUCACCCGCCCCGUCAUAGAGCACUAUACUGGCUUCACCAACGAGCAGAUUGUCAAGCGGCUCUGCAAACCUUUCUACAACCCCAACCAACUCGGCUACGACUGGAAGCUCCCACAUAUCCUGCGCUGCGGCCACGAGGUAUGGGCCCAACCGGCCCGAGCCUGCGCUGCUAAUUGCUCAGACACCCCGGAGUGCAAGAACAGGACUUUCCUAGGGAACAAGAAGCAAGGCGAUGUCAUCUUCUGCCACGAAUGCGUGUACCGUGCAGAGAUGGUGUACGAGCGGUAUGCGCAGGUUGGGAAGGCUAUGACCUAUGGUGCAUCGUCGCACAUGGGGCUACAGGGUGUACUGGUGCCAGAGAAAGGAUGGGAUAUUCCUCAGGCUCAAGUCGGGUCGACAUACGGUGUUGCUACUGCUGGGUUUGGCGAUUACCCAGAGUACAUAGCGGCGGACAGGCUGCCCCCCGAUUCCAUGUCCGAAGGAGACAGCUCGUUCCCCAGUCCGGGUGCAGAGGCAUGA